AUGAUGAGCAAGAAGGGGGGGAGGCAGCUCUGCAAAAACAUAAAGAACGUCCCGGCGACCCCGAAGCUUUGCGACAACAGCCGCGUGUACUUCACGACUAAGGGGGCGCAGUACAUGGCGCUGGACGUCGGUGGCGUCGGUCUGUGUGCUCUUCUCGGCGUCAUCGCUGUGGCGAUGGACGACGUAGGAACCCCUUGUGAGGAGAUUUUCGAAGCCGUCAGCGGCGAGCUCACAGACGUCAUGACGGAGUACGUCCAGUCCCUCCGAGCCAACAUCGUCAGCACGUGCGGCGACCAGUUCGCCUUCAAGGACGGUGAAGAGCUGGCUAGCUUCGACGACAUCGUCCACGACCCGAUGUGGGUGAUUGCGACGAGGGCGAUGUGGGAGCUGGUGACACUUCAUCCAACUGGAUAUCUCGACGGAAGGGCGGUGUGGCUGUUGGCGAAGUUCCUCGGGUUGCACGGAUUUAGGAUAGUCAAGCACGAAGACGGCCACUUGGUCUCAUGUGAUGCCGGGGGUCCCAUCUCCUCCGAAGAGUGCCCCAUGAUGCUGCACGACGGCUACGGGCACUUCAAGGCCCUGAUUCCACUUCGAAGAAUGCCACUGGAGUUCCAGAUAAAUCAAGAGUACCAUUUGCUUCUCGAAGAGAGUUUCGUGGACGUCACCGAUGAGGAGGAGGCCGUUCCGGGGACGUCGGAUUUGGAGACUUCGGACGGCACCGACGAGGUCCCUGAAUCAGCUGUCGCGGUAGAUGUAGCCGGCACGGAGGCGUCUGAUGGUGGAUCGAUGCCGAGCGCCCAAUCGUCUGGUUCCGGUGGGGGCGACAGUGACCUGGGGGCACGUGGAGCGUUUGGCGAAGAUGCUGAGGGAGAAGAGGUAAAAGCGGCUACCCGUGUGUCCAGCAAGAGGAGCCAACCAUGGGACGACAACGAGUAUUGGGAUGACGACGCCAACUACUACUCGGGUUGCACCAUAGUUGGCGAAGACGGGUGGACUCUCGUCGGCAAGGAAGGUCGGCGAAUGGGGUUGGAGACAACCUUGGCCUUCGACGAAGCCUCGGGUUUGUACGACCUCACCAGUCCGAACAAAUGCCAGCCUUUGUUCCUAGACCACGAUGACGAAACCGAUGAGAACGAAGCAGCGGAGGUGGACGAGGCUGUGGACGAGGUGGGCGAAGAUGAAGCCGCAGAGGAGGUUGACGAGGACGAGGAGGCUGAGGCCGAGGCUGGAGAGGAGACACAAGGGAGGCCAAAAAGGGACAGGCGUCCAGCAGGGGGGGUAUUUGCCCCCGGUUGGGCACCCGAUCCUGCCCCAAACGCGCGCAACGACAGCGCGAGAGAGUCCGAGGAGGAUGGUGAAGAUAGUGAAGACUCCGGGGAUGCAGAUGAUGUCGCGUCUCUGGAUGGAGUCAGCGAUGGCAAAGAGUCUGAAGAAGAUGAAGAGGACUCCGAUGAAGACUCCGGUAAAGGACCUCGUGGUGCUGGUGGGGGAGCGGGUGGUGUGGCGUCAGCGGGUGAUAAAAACUCCGAUUUAGAGGACUCCGGGUAUGCUCCCAGCGAGGCCGGCGACACCGAUGGAGACAACGACGAAGAUACCACCAGCGACGAGUGUUCCUCCACCGGCGGGGAAACUCGCUGCGAGGGGUGCGAAGAAGACUUCUAUUGUGAACUGGUGGAGUGCCCCACGUGCAAUGCGAAGUAUUGUCAGGACUGCGAGAACGACUUGUCUUCUGACAAAGAGCGAACGUAUUCUAGGUGUCAGCGAGCGGACGAUGAUGGUGUUGGUGAUUUUUCGACUGGGGGGGUCACCGAUGGACCGGAUGAGUACACCGACACAGAAAGUGGUAGCGUCUCUGGAAACUCCAAGCGACGUCGUCGAUCUGCGGGGAAGAAAGAUAAUUGCAUUCCAAGAACUUCUAGCCCGAGAGAGUUGUUGAUGGUGCCUAAAGACGACCAGCAGGCGAAACUUAUGUUAAGUCUAUACCGCAAAGCCCGCGAGAUGGAACGGAAACUUGCAGGAAAAACAAGAGAAUCAAGGAGGUAA